AUGGCAGUUUCUCUUCAGCACUUCACCAAUCGUACAACUGAGCCUAAUCUCUCUCAGCAACCUUUCCGUAAUGACUCAACCAAUAUCGCUGCGCUUCAGAGUGCGCGCGCUCAACAGAAGGCAAUGGAAGAAGCUGCUCUGCGACAAGAAGAGCGAUUUACGGCCAUGACCAAGGAGAAGGAGGAGGACAAACUGACAUUGAGAACUGCGCUUGAUGAAGCUCACCAACAGAUUUCUGAGAGUAGGAACACAAUAAUGGAUAUGAAGGAAAGGGCACAAAAUGCAGAAACAUUGCGCAUAAUCCACCAAGAGGAGACGGCGGCAUCAGAGACCCGCAUGGAACGCCAGCUUGAGAGCCUCAGGAACACUAUCAACGAGACAAACGCAAGAUACUCGUACGGAGGAAAGGAAAACUGUUUGCCAAAAGAGCUCGACGGCGCCCGAGUUAUGAUCGUCAACAUGCGAUCUGGCUUGGCCAUCGAUGCUGGCAAAGAUUACAUGAACAAAACACAUGGCCAUGAAUUCAACCCUAAAAAUGAUAACCAAAUGUUCAGACUGAACAAGGUCAACAACCGAGACGAUUCCUCGUCGGAAAACUUCUGGACCAUAACGCUGGUCAAAAACGAAUGUGAGUGA